CAGCUGAUGACCAGCGGAGGCCGACAAAUCGGGAGACGGAGACUUUGUGCUGAUGCUACCACAUUCGCUGCUUUCAGUGUGGCCCGUGUCUUCAAUGAGUUUUGUCAUGCUUUAGCGCAGAAACAGCGGUUCGAUAUCGAGAUACCCACAGCAGAUAAACAGUAUAAUAUACUAUAUCCUUCAGAUACCAGAUACCAGAUAGCAGCGGCAAAGUAUGUGCAGUGUUAACUGAUGAUGAUGAUUGCUAAAAAUAAACGUGUGUUGUGAAGUUCUGACCAAGUGCAAGAAAGCAAGAAACGUAAAAAUAAAAAUACAACUAAGCGACUUAGAAGUUUCGGGUUUCAUUUGACCAAACACAAUCGACACAAAAUGCUCACUCCUUGCCUGCUGCUAGUCGCCACAGUCGCCAGUUUCAGCCUCCACGCGCAGGCCAUCCGGGUGGACUGGGGCACCAACACAGGACCCAUAGCACCACCUCCGCCGCGCACCACUCCGCAGCCGCCAAGGAAGCCAUACCGGGAUCCAGCGCCCGUCUGGGAGGACCAGAGCGAUGACGUACCCAACCCCAAUCCCUAUGUCUACGUGUUGCCACCGCCUUCGAGACCAAGGACCUGGGCGAUUCCCGCAGGACCCUAUGCUCCGCCCAACUACAACAACCUGCCGCCCAAGGGCAACAACUACGGCCAGCUGGCCAGCAAUUCCUACAGCGGAGGAGUGACCUCCGUGCCGGGACUGGCCGCACAGUAUGUGCCCGGAGUGGGCAUCAAGUAUACGGCGAUUGUGCCCGACAAGCUGCAGGGCAAAUACAACGCGAAGACCAAGAAGUACAAGGCCUACGAGAAGGCCAAGUACGCGUACCCCUGGAACUAUUUGCAGCAGUUGCCGGUGGAGGAGAAGGCCUUGGAAUGGCAGGCGGAGCUCGAGAAGCGGCUCGACGAGGAGCAGGCUCAGUCGCGGUCUCAGGCUCUCAGUUCCUCCACGACAAGCACCACUUCCAGCACCUCAACAGCCACCAGCACCACCACCACACCAGCACCACUUCCAUCCGCAGACAGCACCACAACUGCCGCAUCGACGACAACAUCUACGAGCACGCAGCAGCCCACAACAAUUGCCAAUUACAAGCUGGCACACGAGAAGAGCGCCCAUCUGAAGAAGCACAGCAAGCAGAAGAAGCUCCUCCAGCUGCACAUGGAGCAGGAGAAGAAGGCGCUGAAGAAGCUCCAGCAGGGGCAAAACUCGUUGCAGACCAGUUGAGCGGGCGCGAUCGACGGCUAGCAGCUGAAAAACAAGCAAACAUUUAAGCGAACAUUACCUUUAAGACUUGCCCACAAUGUUGUAAAUAACUAUUAAUAAAAUUAAACAUCCCAUAAUAAAACGUAAUCGAAAUUAA